CCUGUAAACCCUAAUUUCGAGCUGCGAGCGCAGAAGGCUCUUCGCAGAUUAGCUACGGCGAUCUUCGGGAGCUCAGGAUUCGAAUAUACAUGUCGCUGGGUGCAGGAGCGGUGCCAAGUGUAGCUCACCCAGUUUUACGAGGAACCCAUCUGCCGCAUUGCAGGAUUACUGAAGUUGCUGGAGCUGCGAUGACUGUGACCUACGGCAUCGGUGCGCGUUGCUGGCUGCCUGCGCUGCGAGGCUAAGCGGAGAUGGUUUCACUCAGGACAGAUUCUUAGCUGAAGCGAGGUUCGUGCUGCAGGCAAUUUUGCUGCAAAAGAGUCUUUGGAGUGCUAGACCAUAGCAGCUACAGAUUUUCGCCAGCGGAGUUGGCGGGGAUUUUUGUUUUUUCUGUGUUUUUCCUUUGAAGGUGUGAGUGUGUUACAUUUACGAGAAGGAAGAGCUGAUGUGGGGCAGUGACGACGGGUGGAUCUCGUUUUCCUCAGAGCACGCAAGUAUGCAAGAAAGUGUGUGAUAGGUGCACUGUAUCAAGCACCGCGGGAUACCAGUGUAGAAUCUUUUUAUCAACGAACAGCAUGUCGUGGAGAGCCCUUUUGCAGGAGGCUUUUGAGAGGUCCGUGGUGUUCACCCAGUUUAUCUGCUUCUUGAAUGUCUUCUCCAACCAUGUGGUUGAGGUGCACCAGUGUUUAGGGCCAAGCAUGCUUCCAACCUUCAAUGUUUCGGGGGACAUAUUGCUGUUGGAGCACUUAUCCUCUAGGUUCGAAAGAAUCAAGCCAGGCGAUGUGGUCAUGGCCCGAUCUCCUGCAAAUCCACGGCUGGUUGUCUGCAAGCGGGUACUCGGUUUAGAAGGAGAUUCUGUUACUGUUCUUCCAACUUCUAGUAGAGGCCACAUCCGUCAAACUGUGGUACCCAAGGGCCAUGUGUGGUUGCAAGGCGAUAACGCUUAUAACUCCACUGACUCAAGGCAUUAUGGUCCUGUGCCAUACGCCCUCAUUCAAGGAAAAGUGUUCUACAGAAUAUGGCCGCCUGAAGGAUGGGGUCCUGUGUUGAGUCAGCCUACUUCAUGAGUGUAGCGUGAUAAGUUCGAUGUUCCAAUCCUCUUUGCUCAUGUUGUGACCACGUUAGAUCAAGUAAAAAGUUUUUAAGUCACUUGGCAGUGAAACUUGGCACGGAGCAUUUGAACAGUUGGAAAUCAGCAAUCUCCCAUAAUCCUCCGAUUGUUCAUUCCCGACAUUUUCUGUUACUUUAACAGUGAGGUUGCGAUUUCGCAUUUUGAAGGGAAGCUAGAAAGUCUCAUGUCUAUACAUGAGCCUACCCUCUGAACUGAUACCGUAGCAUCCGUCUUUGCUAGUUUAUGGCACUGAAGCUAGUUUAAAGCAUGGCGGAGUGGUUUGAAAAGGGUUUUAACACACUAUUUAACCAAAACUCUGUAGUAUUCAUUUGCUGUGUAUGGGAAUGUUGGUCAAAUCUCCAGUAACGAAGUGCUGAGGUAAAGUCACAUCACACAAACCUCAUUAGUGGAGAUUGCAGGACUGGAAGUAGUUUCUCCAAUGCAUUUAGCAAAUUCUCAUACCCUCUCGGUCUUGUGCGUGAGAAGUUUUUUCACGCAUGGAUCAUACCCUUGCUUAGUCAGCCAUUCAAUCAUCUACAAAUGUUAAGAUGGACAAAGGUUCAUAGUGCAUACCAUAGUGGUAUACCAAUUCUAAAAUAAAAACAACCCCACUGUUUCCACUA